AUGAUGCAUUGGGGCAAUGCACAGUCGGGUCACAGACCAUGAUACAGUUAAUUUUUAACGCUUGUUAAACAAUCUAAAUAUGGCAGAAUUUGUUCAUCAGAACCUAGAGGAAACUCUGUUGGAGCUAGAACAAUUGGAACGUGUUGGCUUGUUCACGAAAGCAGAAAUAAAAACAAUUGUAAAGAAGAGAACCAGUUUUGAGUACCGCCUUGUCCGACUCAAGAAAGAUAAACAAGAUUUCCUGCGCUAUAUACAGUACGAGAUCAACCUCCUGUCAUUAAUCAGGAAGAGAAGAGAGCGAAUGGGAUACUUCUUUAAGAAGGAUGAGAUUGAGUAUGCAAUCAUCAAAAGAAUCCAGAAACUGUUCAGGAGAGCCUGCACCAUGUUCUGUGAUGACCAGAAGCUGUGGUUCUCCCACAUGCAGUUUUGCAAGAAAUGGAACAUGAAGAACGAGUUGAGUAAAUUGUUUGCAAGGCUACUCAAGGUGCACUCCAAAAACCCUGCAUUGUGGAUCAUAGCAGCCAAGUUCCAGAUGGAGGAAAUCAUGUCAGCUGAGAAUGCCAGGAGUCUAUUGCUACGAGCCAUCAGGCUCCAUCCACAGAACCACAAACUCAGAGUUGAGUAUUUUCGGAUGGAGCUGAUGCAUGCGGAUAAGCAAAGGAAGCGAUGGGCCUUGUUACAGCAGAGCAAAAUGGAGACCACAGAGGAAGGAAUGGAGGAUGCUAUACUACAAGGCAAGGUGGCCAGGGUUGUCUACAAGAUGGCCGUCCAAGAAAUGCCAGGUGACAUAGAUCUUCACCUGGCUUUUGUCCCUGUCUGCAAGAAGUUUGAUUUUACAACAGAUCUGGUACAAGAGAUAUAUCAAGACUUGAUGGAAGCUCACCCGAAUAAUGAACUCAUGUGGGAUGCUGUUGCUAGACGACAUCUUACAGCUCACAGCAAUGAGUCAGAGUCAAUCCAGCUUGCGGAAGAGAUGCAGUCUUAUGAGGUGUACGAAACGGCUGUAGAGAGACUACCAACCACCAAGAUGUGGAGUCUGUACAUUGACUGCUGCAUUGAGAGACUACAGCUUGGAGGGGCUGGGGACAUCAGCGACAAGCGAGCUGAGAAAGCCUUGCAAGUCUUUUCAGCGGCCAAUACAAAAUGUUCAUUGACAGAGGACCUGUAUUUGAAAUGGAUGAAUGUCCUUCAAAACGUGGGUCAAAUAGAUGAAGCGAAGGACGUAGCAGCAUCAGCUAUCAUUGCCCACCACCACUCGGCCAGAGUCUGGGAAGGAUGCCUGAAAUUAUCCAUGCAAGACUCUGGAAUAGGCAGGGAGAAUCAGCAGGCUGAGGUGUCCCAACUCUUUGACAGUGCAAUCUCCUUUGUCAAAGCCAAGCAUGCACUGCCACUGUGGAGAUUGGGUCUAGACUGGUGCCUCAUCAUGAACUCUGACAACGUACAGGAGAUAUUCAAGGCUGCAAUCAAGGAGCCAGCUGUUGUCUCAACACCCAUGAAGACACUCUACUUACAAUGGGCAGCUAUCAACAAGGAUCUCAGCAAAGCCAGAAAGAUCUACAAGAGAUUGUUGAAGGAGAGACCGCUGUCUGUGGAUUUCUUCAAGCAGUACAUCUCCAUAGAGCAGGCCCAGUUGGAACCCAACAUGACUAAGAUACGGCGCUGCUAUGAAGACGCAUUGGCAGAAUUUGGCUCAUCCAGACCAGACUUGUGGUUGGACUUCAUUCGUCUGGAGAAGGACAGCAUGCGAGCCCCACAGAUUCACUGGAGAGCAAUGAAAGCACUGUCAGGCCCGGAGCUGGAAGACUUCACUAAUGGAUACACGCUACUACAAACCGGCCAUGCAACCUAGCCAGCAACAAGCUCACUGGAGAGCAACGAAAGCACUGUCAGGCCCGGAGCUGGAAGACUUCACCAACGGAUACACGCUACUACAAACCGGCCAUGCAACCUAGCCAGCAACAAGCUCACUGGAGAGCA